CUAGUGAUCAGUCACCAAAUAUCGUUGUAAUCCCGUAUUCCGUCAAAAAUACUUAUUAUUCUGUGUAAUAAAUGAGUGAAAGUAGAUGAUACGAUUUUAAUCGCGGAUCCGUUGCAAAAUUGUGAAUGUCGUGUUGUGUGUAUGAACAGUUAAUAUUCCGAUGUUGAAGUCUCUAGUUGUUUACCUGUGUAAUUUAUCAAGUGUAGUGUUGUUUUAUAUUAUCUAUCAUUCAAGUGACACGUAAUUUGAUAACAAACAACUGUUGGUCGUGUUAUUGUGUGAUCAACUCUAAAAUGAUGCAGACGACGAAGUUUAGGCCGCUAUUUAAUUUAGCGGCUGUAAAUAAGGAAUUUAUAAGAACAGUAGCAGUCGCAAGCGCUGCAGUAAAGCCAACAGACACCAACUUGAAAUCAUGGAGAGAGAUCCCUGGACCAUCGUCUUUGCCCAUCAUUGGGCAAAUGCAUCACUUCCUACCCGGAGGCGCCCUACAAGGCAUCGAAGGACCGGAGGGCACCAUGAAAAUCUUCGCAAUGUACGGCCCAAUCGUGAGGUUCGACGCUAUGUUUGGCAAGCCGGCUAUGAUCCUCCUGCAAGAUGCUGAGGCGUGUGCGCAAGUGCUGCGAAGUGAAAACUGGCUGCCCGUUCGUCCAGGAUUCAUGUCCCUCGAAUACUACAGAAAAGAACAUAAGAAAAACAAAACACGCGUUACCGGUCUUAUUACUGACCACGGCGAUUUGUGGAAAGAAUUCCGUUCGACGGUCAACCCUAUAAUGCUGCAACCAAAAACAAUAAAAUUGUACACGAAAGUACUCGAUGAAGUAGCACAGGAUAUGAUUGUGAGAAUGAAAGAGAAUCGUGACGAAAAGAACAUGAUCUGCAACGACUUUGAUAAAGAAAUGAACCUGUGGGCACUGGAAUCCAUCGGGACAGUAGCUCUUGGCUGCCGACUAAACUGUUUCGACCCGAACCUGCCUGCUGACUCUCCGGAGUGGGAACUGAUCCAAUGUGUCCAUGACCUGUUCGUAACAGGGAACGAACUUGACUUCAAGCCAAGUCUUUGGAGAUAUUUUGCAACCCCUAUGUUUAAACAAGCCAUGAAAAUGUAUGAGCGUCAUGAAAAUCUAACGAAACACUUUAUCGAAAAGGGGAAAGAACAACUAAAGAACAAAUCUGAUAGCGAGAAAGGAGUUCUGGGCAAAUUGUUAGAAAUCAAUGAAGAAGUAGCUCACAUCAUGGCCAGUGACAUGUUAUUCGCUGGUGUAGAUACGGCGGCCAACACAGUCACAGCUACUCUCUACCUUCUGGCAAAGCACCCAGACAAGCAAGCCAAAUUGAGGGAGGAAAUAAUGUCCAAGUCAGAAAAGAGACCCUACCUAAGGGCUUGUAUCAAGGAGUCCAUCAGAAUCAUGCCAGUUGUGUCAGGAAAUAUGAGAAUGGCGACCAAGGAAUAUAAUAUUAUGGGCUAUAGGAUUCCGAAAGAUAUGCACGUUGUGUUCGCACAUAGAGACAUGUCGUUGCUAGAUGAGCACUACCCGAGGCCCCGGGAAUACAUCCCGGAGCGAUGGCUGGCCAGCAAAGACGACCCUUUGUACUAUGGGAACGCUCAUCCAUUCGCACACGCGCCUUUUGGCUUCGGAGCUAGAAGCUGCAUAGGUCGUCGUAUAGCUGAACUGGAAAUGGACACAUUUGUGGCGAGACUAAUAGAAAACUUCCAAGUAGAAUGGUUUGGACCCCCGCCGACAGUACAACAAGCGGCCCUCAAUUAUAUCAAGGGGCCAUACAACUUUAUAUUCAAGGACGUGUGAAUAAAGUUCAAUUUUAGUUGUAUUAGUUGUAAUUCUCGGUAUAAGGUGAUACGCUUUUAUUUUAAGUAUACGGGCUUAUCGUGGACAAAUUCUUUGUGGACACUAAUUUUCAUUAACGAUAUGAUACCUUAGUGUCUGAGAGAUAGAAUAUUGUUGACAAUAAUACUAGACAAUGCACAAUAAUGUGUUAAGCUAUAUUUUAGAAAUGUUAUAAGAGCCUUUGAGAUUCGAAGUCACAAAAAAAGAAUUAUGUAAUAUUCUUUUUUUUAAGAAACAUAAUAGGAUUUAGCUGGAGCGGUUUAGGGCAACGAUUUUGUUUUUUAACAUUGUUAUAAAAUAAUGUUAAUAAAACUUAUGACAGAAGAGAAGGAUUGUGUUAGGAAUAUAAGAAUAGUGGAACAAUGACGAUAUAGUGAUUAUAGAGGUAUGAUAAUAGUUAGAUAUAAAUAAUAGAGCUAUUUUUGCUGUGAUGUUCUUGUGUACCAUCAAUUUUAAUUAUAAACACUUAUCAUAAGCAUUGUUAUAAUUUUUUAAAUAAAAAAGGUCAUAAAUAUGGA